AAAAAAAAGGUUCAUUGUUUGACUUUUGUUUGAGUCCGAACGAAGAAUAAAAAAAUAAAAAAUAAAAAAAAUUCAAGCAAAAAAACUCUAAAAUAAACAGCCUCAAAAAUGGAAUUAGCAAGAAAAAGAUAUAAGUCGAGUCGAGGCCCGGUGCUCAGAUCAACUGAACGUCGUCGCCCUCAAACAUUAUCAUCAGCCGCAUCUGCCGUCGUUACACCAGUAGCAUCAAAUAGCACUCACUCACAGAGCGCAUCACAUCACACAACACAAACAGCACAUCCAGCAUUAGCAAUACCAACAGCAACAGACGUAAGUCAACUUAUACCAACGACAUCAUCAUCAUUAUCCGCCUCUGGACAGACAUCAUCACUUGCACACAAUCAUCCAGGCAGUUCACAAGCUGUAACACAAACGACAUCAUCAUCACCACGUGUCAUACUCAGUCGUAUCGAUCAGCGUGAAAUAGAUCGUUUUCGUGUGUCAUAUAAAGUCGCCAUACGUAAUUCUCGCAGUUCCCGUUUCAGUGGUAUGAACAUGGGACAAAAAAUUUCAGGCGGUGUUAAAUCUGUGACGCGUGGCGAUCACCAAUCUUCUUCAGCGACAAAUCACAAGCCAAUCAUUCCUCGUGAGCUCGCAUCCUUCUUUACACGUCCAGCACGUCUCGAUGUAUUACUCGAUAUGCCACCAGUGACGAGAGAAGUUCAAGUAAAGCAUUCAUGGAAUGCUGAAGAUCGUAGUUUAAAUGUAUUUGUUAAGGAAGAUGAUAAAUUGACAUUCCAUCGGCAUCCGGUGGCACAAAGUACCGAUUGUAUACGCGGUAAAGUUGGUUUCACCAAAGGCCUCCAUGUGUGGGAAGUAAAUUGGUCUACACGUCAACGCGGUACACACGCUGUUAUUGGAGUUGCAACAAUUGAUGCACCAUUACAUAGUGUCGGUUAUCACAGUCUUGUCGGCUCAUCUGAUCAAAGUUGGGGAUGGGAUUUAGGAAGAAAUAAAUUAUAUCAUGAUUCAAAAACUGGUACAGGCGUAACGUAUCCAGCAAUUUUAAAGCCAGACGAGACAUUCCUGGUGCCAGAUAAAUUUAUGAUUGCUCUCGAUAUGGACGAGGGUACGCUGAGCUUCAUUGUUGAUGGACAAUAUUUGGGCGUCGCUUUCCGUGGUCUCAAAGGCAAAAAAUUAUAUCCUAUUGUGUCAGCUGUAUGGGGACAUUGUGAAAUAUCUAUGAAAUAUAUUGGUGGAUUGGACCCUGAACCACUUCCACUUAUGGACUUAUGUCGUCGUGUGAUUAGACAAAAAAUUGGACGUAGCCAUUUAGAGGAGCAUAUAAAUGAACUUACACUGCCGGCAUCUAUGAAAACUUAUCUUAUGUACAAGGAUCGAAGAUAAUAGAAAUGUCUAGAUAUCGUCUGUCUAAGUAGUCUAUCUUUUUGAUUCGAGUACGAUGAGAAAGAGAGAGAAACUUUGCAUGAAAAUUAUACUAAAAGAAAUAUGAAUGAAAAAAUUUUAUUACUUCCAUCGUCCAAUUUCAUCAUAGAAACAAGAAGUGAUUUAUAAUCUCCUAUGCGCAAUCAACAAAAAAAAAUAAAUAAGUAACAAUAACAAUAGCAGCACAAACAGUUGCAUUUUUAAGAAGAAAAAAAAAAAUAUUGAAAAUCAUGAAGAAGAAGAAACAAAAGGAAAAAAAUUUUAAAUAGUUGAGUUAAUUUUUUUUUAAAAAUAUUUUUUUC